CAAAACCAUGCCGACAGAUUUGGGUUCAGUGAAUGUGGAAAACGUGAGCAAACAAACAAACAAAAACCUAAAACAUUGUACGUAUUUGUAUAAAAAGAGUCACCUUGUGAUGAGAUUUGCAACAAAAAGGCCGAACAAAACCUAAUUCAGAAAUGGAAGCGGCUUCUCAAGACACUCGAUCCGAUGAUAUUCCAAGUUUCAUGGGAGAAGACAAGGUCAGACAAGAAUGCAAGAGUUUGAUCUCUUCGCUUCCCUCGGACAAAGAUUUCUUGGGGAGGAAUCUCUGCAACUACAAUGGCUUCUGGUUCUACUCCAACACUCUUCAAGCAGUUAUUGAUGUCCAAAACCACUUCCGAACCCUAGACACCGACGUGAUCGUCGCUUCUUUCCCCAAAGCAGGCACCACUUGGCUCAAAGCCCUUACCUUCGCCAUUGUCAACAGAUCUAAAUACCGCUCUAACCCAGAAAACCACCCUCUACUCUCUCAAAACCCUCAUACCCUCGUGCCCUUUCUCGAGAUCGAUCUGUACUCUGAAAACAAAACUCCGGAUCUCGCCAAGGUCCCCUCUCCCGGGCUCUUUGCCACUCACAUGCCGUUUCUUCUGCUCCAAGAAUCCGUGAAGGAAUCUUCUUGCAAGAUCGUGUACGUCUGUAGGAACCUUAAAGAUAAUGUAGUGUCGGCUUGGCAUUUCAGAAGGGGGUAUAUGAUUUCGGAGAUGCAUGGAACAACGCUCAAGCUCAUGAUCGAAUCCUUCUGCAGAGGAGUUCAUUUCUGCGGACCCUUUUGGGACCAUGCACUAAGCUACUGGAAAGAGAGCUCGGAGAAUCCGGACCGAGUGUUCUUCACGAAGUACGAGGACAUGAAAAACGAGCCCCGCGCCCAGAUCAAGAGACUCGCCCGCUUCUUGGGAUGCCCAUUUACGGAAGAGGAAGAGAUGAAUGGAUCGGUGGAUGAGAUCUUGAAUCUGUGUAGUUUGAGGAGUUUGAAGGAUCUGGAGAUUAACAAGACAGGGAAAGCACCCUGCAGUAUAGAUUGCAAGAACUUCUUCCGGAAAGGCGAGGUCGGUGACUGGAAGAAUCAUCUGACCGGAGAAAUGGCGAAGAAGAUGGACGAGAUUGUCGGGAUGAAGUUACAAGGUUCGGGUUUGGUGUUUGAAUGAGAUGGGUUUUGGCCAAUGAAACGACCGAAACUUGUGAGUUGUAAAUUGUAAAAAGGUAUAAUAAAGCAGAGAAAAAGGUGUCGAGACAAAAGAGGAAAAGGAUUGAAUGUUAUUAUCUGGAAUCUUAAAAUUCAUAACAUGGAAAAUUUGUAAAAAAAGAAAAAAGAAAAAGGAAUUUCAA